GCCGACUGCCGGCCCCUUCGAUUCAACAGCUGACCCGCCAGUUGCAGACCUUAACCUGCACGUGAGUGCACAAUGAGCGUCGCCAUCUGGGUAAUGACGGGACGAUGAAACAUUACCUAAUCUUCUGUCCUCAUACUGUGUGUUGUCCGUAGUCACAAUCAUGCAGCAGCUGCCUCAUGGUUGGAUCAUGAGGAGCUGUAUCGAAGCAGGACGUGAUCGCACGACAGAUGCAGGCGAUCGCCUCCACCGCUGAAGUGACUGCUGUGUCCACGCAGAUGCAGCAUCUCGUACCGUGCCCUCCUGCACAUGUAAUUCCAGUUGCAAGCACUAAACGUAAAUAUUAUCACCAAGUACACGAACCCCACCAUCAUUGAAAUCGAAAGCUUACGGUCAUGGUGGAGCACACUCUGUACUCUUCUGCUAUCGUGGUUCACUGCCAUUGGCCGGGGGUAAAGGUGUGUCCAUGUGGCCUAAACGUAAAUAUUAUCACCAUGUCUGCCAUGUCGGCCAACUUAAUGGCAUCGACAUCAAACCAAGGUGUCCGGUAAACGAUUUGGAAUCAUCUUAGGGCCCCAUCUCGACGCUACCUCGGCCAUGCAAAUCAUCGUACGGAUUCAACAUCACCAUUACCACAAGGAACUGAUCGUGGCAAUCAUCCUUGCCUCUGUUGCGGUGGUAGCGAUCGUAUCGUCAACAGUUUGUGCCUGGAUUUUUUGGCAAAGGAGCCGCAAAACUCUUAAUUCAGAGGACAUUGAAAGCUCAGAUGCUGGUAGAGGGACACCAUUUGGACCAAUUUUGGGCAAGUUCAAUUCCUCGAAGGUGUCAAAGAAAGAACUGAUGAGUGUGAUUGACUAUGAAUCGUUAGAGUUGGCAACAAACAAAUUCAGCGAGAGUAAUAUCUUGGGGGAAGGUGGAUUCAGUUUUGUUUAUAAAGCUUGCUUCGAUGGUGAAGUCUUUGCUGCAGUGAAGAGAUUAUCUGGUGGGGGACAGGAUUGCGAAAGAGAAUUCGAGAAUGAGCUGGAUUUGCUUAGAAGAAUUUGUCAUCCGAACAUAGUAUCUCUUCUUGGUUAUUGUGUGCAUGAGGAUGCUCGGUUUCUUGUAUAUGAAUUGAUGCAAAAAGGAUCUCUGGAAGCACAACUUCAUGGACCAACUCAUGGAUCAGCUUUAACAUGGCAUAUUCGAGUAAAAAUUGCCCUUGAUAUAGCAAGAGGAUUAGAAUAUCUUCAUGAGCACUGCAACCCUCCAGUGAUUCAUAGGGAUCUUAAGUGCUCCAAUAUUCUUCUGGAUUCAGACUUCAAUGCAAAGAUUUCAGAUUUUGGCCUUGCGGUGACUGUCGGGAACCAUAACAAAGGUGGCAUAAAGCUUUCAGGCACUGUCGGCUAUGUAGCUCCAGAGUAUCUAUUGGAUGGUAAGCUCACCGAGAAGAGUGAUGUUUAUGCGUUUGGAGUUGUUUUGCUGGAGCUUCUGAUGGGUAGAAAGCCGGUUGAGAAAACUGCACCAUCGCAAUGCCAAUCACUUGUCACAUGGGCUAUGCCUCAGCUCACUGACAGAUCAAGGCUUCCGAAUAUAGUUGAUCCAGUGAUCAGGAACAAAAUGGAUCUGAAACACCUAUAUCAAGUUGCCGCUGUAGCUGUACUGUGUGUGCAGCGAGAACCAAGUUACAGGCCACUGAUAACUGAUGUGCUUCACUCUCUCAUUCCUCUCGUUCCUACUGAACUCGGGGGUACGUUGAGAGUCACCGAGCCAUUAUCAUGUGUGAAUCAAAAAUCUUCUGCUCACUAAUCACACAAAGUAUGACAAUCACCUUAGCAAGCUUGUUAGUAGCACCGAAGGCUACACUUUUCUCUUGUUGAUGCCCUUAUAUUUUUUUUUCUGUUCACUUGCAUAAGCGAGCAUCGUGUAUAACUUUUAAAUGAAUUUAGUCACUGGUAGAAUUGAGAUGAAAUGAACCCCUCAUAGAAGAUCUGUUUUAUUUUGGGUGAAAGAAAUCAACGCAGGGUGGUUUCAUCACCGAAGAUAAAAUAGUAUGGCUUGCUUAUAAAGUAUCAGGACCUUUUUUUUCCAGAAAAUGCAAAGGAAAUUUGAGUUACUUCAAAUUCUUGAACUGCAUGAUGGAAACCCUUAUUAUACA